AAACACUUCAGUAACUCUUCAGGCAAACCGAUAAUUCCACACAAUACAUUUCUGGAGGAUUUACAGAGAAGCCAUGGUUCACCUGUCAGUAGCGUUGUUGGUAUUGUUUUCUCUCCAGAGCUCAGCACUCACCUCCCAAAAUGGAUCAGCGCCCUUCCCACGGACUUUCUCUGGUCACUUUGAAACAGUCACAGAUGAGCCUGUAGACUACAUCGACCUGGCUGCGUUAGACAGUUUGAUGGAUGGCUCAGGGUCUGAGCAGGAGCCGGUGAAAAGACACAGUCCACACCGCCAUCCCCAGAGGCGCUACUUUGUCUCGGAGGAAACUAAAGGUUUCCUCCAGGGUCGCCUGGCAACAGGCUUUGUCCCGACCGUUUACACCCUUGUCUUCAUCGUCGGUGUGCCCCUCAACCUUGUUGCCAUGGUGAUGUUUAUGCAUCACGCCCGUCCCAGAAAACCGGCGGUGAUUUACAUGCUCAACCUGGCCUGUGCUGACCUAAUGUUCGGCCUGCUUCUUCCUUUCAAGAUCGCCUACCAUUACCAUGGCAACAACUGGAUAUAUGGCUCUUUCAUGUGCAGGGUUGUCACAGCAUCUUUCUACUGCAACAUGUAUUGCUCAGUCCUGCUCAUUACGUGUAUCAGCGUUGACCGUUUCCUGGCGGUGGUUUACCCAUUGAACUCCCUGACGUGGCGCAGCCCUCAGACCGCUACAGCUGUGUGUGCUGCCAUGUGGCUCCUGGCCCUCGGGGGAGUAUCCCCUCUCCUCAUCUCUGGGCAAACCAUCUAUUUGUCAGACCUGGGCAUCACCACUUGCCAUGAUGUGCAGGAUGUGGAAAAACUACAGGCUUACUACCUUUACUUCUUCCCCAUCUACUCCUCCGUCUUCUUCUUCAUCCCUCUUGUCUUAACUGCCGUUUGUUAUGUCCGUAUUAUUCAGGCUCUGGCAAAAGCCAAUGUCGAGAACCGCUUCAGGAAGACUCGAGCCGUGGUGAUGGUUGCCGUCGUGCUGGUGGUGUUCGUGGUCUGCUUCGCCCCCACCAACAUCAUCCUGAUGGUUCACUAUGUUCAGCUGUCCCACAAGUCCAGCGACAGCUCCUACCAGGCCUACCUGCUCUCUAUGUGUGUAGGAAGCCUCAGCUGCUGUUUGGAUCCAGUCUUGUAUUACUUUGCCUCCUCUCAGUGCCAGAAGCAGGUGGCAAAACUGCUCAGAUGCCGGCGACUGGAUCAAGCGAAUAGCAGCUCAGGAACACAGAGUACGAGAACCAGCGGGCGGAGAGACAGCACCAGUUUGUGCAAGAUGGAGAGCAUUCAAACUGGCCUGGGGAGCCAUUACAGCAGGCUGGUGGCUUAACUAAAUGGACAUGGAAUUCCUUGUUCUAAGACACUUUUCAAAGCUGUACUUACAGUAUAAUUAUAUAUUUAGUCAAUGUAUCUCAAUCAAAAUGCUUUGGUUUGAUGAAAAGAUUGUGUCCAGUGCCUGGUAGUGCUGGAUAUAUGUCCACUUAAAUAAGCUUAUAGGAUAACCAAUUGGCUUUUUGUUAUUUUGCUAUCACAAAAUACAUCCAACAGUAUAGCAGUGUUAAUUUCACAGAGCAUAUCACAACAGGUUCUGCCAUUCUUUUUCAUAUGUUUGUUUUAUAUUCUUGUUUUCCGUGAAUCAUAGGAUAUACAUAGUUAAUAAUAAUAGAGUUUUAAUCAAAAAACAUUACAAUUUAUGUAGUAACUGCAUUAUUGUAGGACAAAAACAGCGGUUUGACACCACAAUUUUCUUUCAUGUAUAUAUGUAAAAUAAUUAAUCAGUUGAACUGCACUGGCAUUCAUAACAUAUAAAAUUCUAUCAAAACAAAACCACUACAUUAUAUAUAUUUUGCUUAAUUCUUAUGUUGCUGUAUCUCUCCAUCUUUUUUAUUGCUGCUCACUCUGUACUGUCUUUGUCAUCGGGGCAGAGCUCUGAAAGAAAACAUAAAAACAAAAACUUUAAGAAGAGAAGAGAGCAAAUAUUUUCUCAGCAUCAUGGAGAAUGUUGGCAGCGUUUCCAUUUCCUCACCAUGUGCAUUGUACUUCAUGCACUUCAAGUUUGCUGAAUAAAAAAACCAAUGUGUAAUCAUA